CGAUGGAUUUUCUGAGGGGUAUCACGGCGUGGGGCGUAAGCGGGUCCUGCCGACACCUCACGCCUGGGAAAGAGUCGCUGGGUUUGGGCAGCAGGCAAAUCCUCCCCGCUGCUCGCUUGCGCUCCGGACCUCCGGCGGGAAGUGGGGGUGGUGUUGAGUAUGAAAACGGGUGUAUUUAGCGCGUCUUAUCCCCGGCGUGAUACACUAUGUGAAUAUAUUUAUUUAUGAAGCUCGCAGCGUGCUCAGUCGCUGGAGGUUUGUGUCUAUUUUUCUAUUGUGUGCUGGCUGGAGCCUGAAGUGGGCGUCGCUCCAGGACAGACUGGGCUGCUCUGGUGCGCCGCUGCCCGCUUUCCUCUCGCAGGACUGCAGCAAUCUUCACGUCGUUUUUGUAGGUCGACUGAUGUCUGAAUUAACGGAGAGUAGCUCGGGCAGCCUCAGAGGUGGUUCAACACCGCUGACAUCACAGUGGCUCACCAAAGCAACCUGCUGAAGCAGCUCAACCAGCAACGCCGGCAGGAGCUUUUCUGUGACUGCAGCGUGCUGGUGGAGGGCCAGCUUUUCAGGGCCCACCGCAACGUCUUGUUCGCCAGCAGCGGCUACUUCCGCAUGCUGCUGUCCCAGGGGCCCGACGGGCUGUCCGACUCUGUCCAUGCCACCUUUGACGUCUUCAGCCCAGAGACCUUCACCGUUAUCCUUGACUUCAUCUACUCCGGCCAGCUGGACCUCUCCAGUCACAAUGUGAUUGAGGUGAUGUCUGCAGCCAGCUACUUGCAGAUGAACAAUGUCAUCAACUACUGCAAGAACUUCAUUAAGUCCUCUUUGGACAUCAGUGUGAAAGAUGAAGACAGUGAGCGCUGCCUCAGCUUGUCUGAGACCUGCAGUUUCACCAGCGGAGCAGGGGAAGAGACCUCAGAGCAGCAGCAGCAAGGCCCCAGUUCUGUCAGCCCACCACCGGCGCUCUGGACCCGGGACAACUCCAGAUCCCAGACCGGGUUCAUGGGGAAGGACUCAGACCAGGAGACAUCGACUUCAGCCCUGAAGACUAAUCCAAGCAGUCCUGUGAAUGAGCUCAACGCAGAGGCAGAGGACCUGCAGGACCCUCAGGACCCUCUGUACACCUUGCCUGGAUCAGAGCGCCGGCGAGGUAAAGGGGGAACCAAGAGGAGAGCACCCAACAGCACCCGCUCCAACCAGCACGAAGACCUGGACAUCCAGGAGGCAAGAACACAAAAGGCUGAAAAGGCAGAGGAACUGUAUGCUACUCUACCACCUAUUGUGGGAGUUAUUGGACACUUUAAUAAAGACUCCAACCCUAUUAUGCGCUUCAAAUGCCCCUUUUGUACGCACACGGUGAAGAGGAAGGCAGACCUGAAGCGUCACUUGCGCUGUCACACUGGGGAGAGGCCGUACCCCUGUCAGGCCUGCAAUAAACGCUUCACUCGCCUGGAGCAUCUUCGUAGCCAUUUUGAGACGAUCCAUCAAGCCAGAAAGCUGGUGUGCAGGAAGUGUAAGUGUCAGGUGACGGAGGACACUGGGCAUGUGGUGUGUGAGGGCACACGACGCUACCGCAUGUGCACUGCGUGCAUCCAGGAAGUAGGUUGUGACGACAUCCCCAUGGACAGUCUAGAGGGGACCAAUGAGGAGCCGGCCCUGUUAUUGGGGGUAGAUGGGGAGGAGGAGGGGGACACCAAGAGGAGCUGGAUGGUAACCGAUGACGACGACCUGGCAGAAGACUCGGGGGCCGACCUCAUCAUCCAACAAGUGGACGACAGUGAUGAGGAGCUGCAGUGAAAUGAAACCAAAGUGUGUGUGUGUGUGUGUGUGUGUGUAUGUGUGUGUGCGCGUGUGUAUGUGUGCUAAGCCAUGCAAGAGAAUUUAUGCAUAAAAUAUGUGAUCCACUGAUGUAAAUACAUACAUUAAUGAUAUAUUAGUUGUCUAUUAGUUAAAUGCAUCUUUACUUUCAAUGAGAUUGUUGACCUUUGUGACAAAAUGGAAUGCUUUUUGUUAAGCUUCAUAAAGAUAUGCAGUAUCCAAAGCAUGCAUAUUCAGUGUUUCCUUUGUUUCAAUUAUAGUUAUAUGAUAAAUCUUUCAAAUGUUUUUUUCAUAUGCAUGGAAGAACAGCUUUGCUGCUUUUUGGGACUCUCUGCUUUGAUGAAAAGUUGGCAUUUGAGCAAAACAAAGUGACAAAGACAGAAUAAUGAGUAUAUUUCCCUACUCCCUGUAGGGAAAGUCAAGAACAGACUUUUCUUUUCCCAAUGUUUCACAGGUGCAGUGCUUUUUAUGAUUAUGUUUGAUUAUGGGAUGCACUAUGAUAUAAAGCCAAUUAUAAUUUAUUAUUAUUUCUUUUUUACUUUUUGACACAUUAAAGAUAUUUUUAUACA